AUGAUUGAUCACAACUCUUCUUGUCAUGAUGACAAGUUCCAAGUGCAGUUAUUGCCUUCAAUGUACGGUGUUGAGUUCUGCGUGGCGUUGGCUGGAAACCUGUUUGCCCUGAGACUCCUGGCGACCAAGGAGAGGAACAAUUGGCACACUGGUGUGGUGUUGUCCUGUAACCUGGCCAUCAGUGACCUGCUCUAUGUCCUCACCCUGCCCCUGCUCAUAGUCUACUACAUGCAGGAGAACUGGCUGUUUGGGAUCGAGGUCUGUAAGAUAGAACGCUUCCUCUUCACCUGCAACCUGUAUGUUAGCAUCUACUUCAUCAUGUGCAUCAGUGUGAACCGCUAUGUGGCCAUUGUGUACCCCUUCUUCACCCGGAACCAUGUGAACCCCGCUAAAGCCAAGGCUGCCAGUGUCAUCAUCUGGAUCUUUGUGACAGCCAUCUCCUCUCCUGUGUUGAAGUUUGCCUCCACAUGUCAACAGGGAAACAACAAAACCAAUUGUGUAUCCUACUCCUAUUGCACCACCAGUCAUGAGGUUACAGUUGCAUUCUCUCACAUGUUUUACAAAAUGUUUCUGUCUGUGGUUGGGUGUUUUAUUCCCUUCCUGGUCACAUUUGCAUCAUACUGCGCAGUGUUGAGGGUGGUGUGGAGGAAUGCGAAUAUAACCUCCCUAGAGAAACGUAAGGUGGCCCUGAUGGUGUUUGCAGUGGUUGUGCUAUAUGCCAUUUCCUUUGUGCCUUAUCACCUCCUCCAGAGCUACCAUCUCUACCGGAAGGUUAAACUGGGCUCUGUCUGCGACUGGGUGCACAAGGCCUACCAGGUGUCUAAGGGACUGGCUACACUGAACAUGUGCAUCCAUCCACUGCUCUACAUGGCUGUGUUUGAUAGCAUCAGAGUGGCCUGCUGUGGAAGGAACUCUGCAGACACACCCGUCGCUAUGGGCGGGCCAUAG